ACGAAAUUAGGUAGCACACAAGAAAGUGUAGGGGAGGUCACUCCCGCUUUAUUUAAUGUUGAUCUGAGUCCUUAGAUCCUAGAAUCCAGACUUGAAUCUAGAUUUUUUCUAGAUCUAGAUCUAGAUCUCGACUCCUAGAGAGAUAUUUUCAACAUUUUAAAGAUAGAUCUAGAUCUAGAUUAUUCUAGAUCUAGGCUACUUCGUAGGACUGCGCAGAUUUAAAACAGUAAUAGAUCUUAGAAAACUACAGAAGGGACAUGUCAAAACUGAAAAAGAACAAAACACUGCCAGUUCACAUUGUUGAACAACAUAAUGAUGUGGUGCCAUUUAUUCAUCGUGCCAUUGCUUCUAAAUUGCUACAAUUCACUGAAAUACCCAUAAUUCACCUGGACUCUCACCCUGAUCUGUUGAUACCAAUCAACAUGCAAGCUGAUCUUGUUUUUCAACCUCAGUCAUUAUUCCAGUCAAUCAGCAUAGAAAACUGGCUCCUCCCACUAGCUUAUGCAAAACACAUCAGUCACAUAGUAUGGGUGAAACCACCCUGGGCCAAUCAGAUCCAAGCAUCAGAACAAGAGUUUACCAUUGGAAAAUCUGUGCAAUCAGGAAAAAUUAGGUUGUCUUGUAAAGAAAAUUAUUUUUUGACGGAUGGAUUGUUCUCCACAGUCGAAGGUUUGACAGACACGAGCAAGGUCAAGCUGACAGUGGUUGAACUGGUGCCAAAAAACUGGCAGGAAUUGCCUUCAAGCUGUGCUGCCUCUACUAGCUCAAGCAGUGACAGCCAUUCAGGGAUAUUUAGAUCGUACAAAGAGUGGACUCAUCACCUACAAGAUGCUGUUCAGAGCAAACCUUACAUCCUUGACAUUGACCUAGAUUUUUUCUCCACCGCCAACCCAUUUAAGAACUGGUUAGGGCCAGAAGAGGAGGAGGUUGUCAGAAGACUGUACCACUGUCCUUCACCCUCAGAUCUGAGUGAUGAGAGUAUCAUUGCCUUCACCAGAAGGAGAGAAAAACAAUUAGAUGAGCUUGAACACAUCUUUACAUCCUUACAUGAGGAAUACAGCAGAGAGGAAUUAUUGGACCUAACUCUACCAGAUUUACUUGCAUUGAAAUAUGUAAAUGACAUUAGUUUAGAAAAUAAAUUAACAGAAGACCUGUUGGGUUUAGUGAAAAAGGUCUCAGCUGACCCAAGGGAAAUAACUCCACUACAGUUACAUGACUUUGGCUGCACCUUGGAUGACACUGAGCUUCCUCACCACAUUAGCUCCCCUGAGCAAGUGGCUGCUCUCCAGUCAGCAUUUAAGGAUGUCUUGGAACAACUCCCCAAACCUGCCAUCAUUACUAUAGCCAGAUCCAGCUUAGAUGACUAUUGCCCCCGAAAGGUUGUGGACACAUAUCAAAAGGAUGUCAUUAAAAUAAUAGAGGAUGUGUAUGGCCAGAUAAAUGUGACACAGGACUAUGACUAGAUGGAUUUAUUUUAACAAGUCAUUUUUAACAAUAACAAUACUAUUUUACUGUUAACAUUAAACAUUUUCAUUUGAAUGUAUUGGUUGCAAUCGUGUGAAUGUUGAAUGGGAUUGAAUGGUUGCAAUCUUGUUAAUGUUGAAUAGGAUUGAAUGGUUGCAAUAUUGUAAAUGUUGAAUGGGAUUGAAUGGUUGCAAUCUUGUUAAUGUUGAAUAGAAUUGAAUUGUUGCAAUCUUGUUAAUGUUGAAUAGGAUUGAAAUGUUGACAAAGGGAAUGUGGAAUGUGACUGAGAAUAUUGGUAUAGUGAAUGUUUGAGAUAUGCAAAAGUGAAGUUGAAAUGUGGAUAUAGUAAAUGUUGAAUUAGGUUAAAAUGUAAACAAAGGGAAUCUUCAAUAUGAAUGAACGUUGACUUACAAAAGAAAACUUAAAAUGCUGUUUUUAAAAAGUAUAUCAUAAAUCUACUAAAACUUCAUUUAGCCAAAUAAAUGAAAG